UUUUUUUCUGUUUUAUUAAACAAAAUUAUUUCUUUACACAACCUUAACAACAUUUCAAGGAAAUCCAAAGGCCGCAAACAAAUUACCACCAGAAAAUAAUUAUUAUAAAAAUACUAAUUGAAAAUAGUAGUUGCUGGAAAAUGGGCCCUAGAUCACGCAGUCGCUCCGUAACACCACGUCGUUCUUAUUCCCGCUCACCUUAUAGACGCAGUGGACGCCGACACCCACCAUCACCGCCUCCUUCAACAGCCGGAAGACAUAAGGGCCGCUAUUGUAGUGAAAGUCGUAGUAAUUCAAGAUCCCGAUCAUCUAGUUAUAAAAAACGCCACAGCAGUCGUAGACAUUAUACAAGAACUCGUUCAAGAUCUAAAUCACGAUCACGUUCUCGCAAUUCGUAUGAUAAAAAUAAUCGCAACAAUAGAGAAAAACCUUUACCUUGCCGCUGUAUUGGGGUAUUUGGUUUGAAUGUCAAUACCACUCAACUUAAAAUUAGAGAAAUAUUUGGGAAAUAUGGUCCUAUAGAACGUAUACAAGUGGUUAUAGAUGCUCAGACUGGACGUUCUCGUGGUUUUUGUUUUAUUUAUUAUGAUAAGUUAGAUGAUGCUAAAGCUGCCUGUGAUAAUUGUUGUGGCAUGGAAAUUGAUGGCAGACGCAUACGGGUUGCCUAUUCCAUAACCGAAAGACCUCAUACACCCACACCUGGGGUAUAUAUGGGUCGACCAGCCAGUGAAUUACGUGAUAGAUAUCGUGCUGAAAAGUAUCAUCAGAGUCAGCGGCAUCGUUAUGAGCGAAGUCGUAGUCGUUCCUAUUCACCGCCACCACGUCGUUAUCGUUACCGAUACCAUUAAUAUUUAGAUAAUUUAAUAUGAGUCAUAUUCUGUUUUUUUUUUUAUUCUACUUCCUAUUGAAUUCAUAUUAUCUUUAUAUUAUUUUUGUUUUAAUGGCAUAUGAGCCUGUGUGUUUAAUAUAUGUUUUAGUUUUGUAAUUGGAGUUGAAUUUAGGAGUUUUUGUUUCUGAAUUCCUGAAUAUUUCAGUCAUAUGUGAAUUUAUGUUAAAUAUAAAUUAUAUAUACAUAUAUAUGUAAGUACUUGUGUGCAAGUUUAGUAGUAGUAAUAAUUUAUUAAAUUUAAAACAAGAAACAAUUAUUUUCAAACCAAAAAAAAAAAGAAACUACUAAAUUCCUAAGAAACAUUUUAAAGAAAAUAAUUGUUUCAUUAAACAAAAACUUAACAUUAUAAUAAUGUCUGUGUAAUUAUUAAUAAAUCAACUAGUUGUAAUUUUUAUAUUUAUUUAAUUCUCAUCAUAUAUGUAGACAAAAACAAAAAAAUAAAGACUUGAAAACUGUGAAUUUAUAUCAAUAAUAA